UGAAACUGCUUUACUUUCUCAUGGUACUAGAAGGCAGAAACGUGAAAUUUCACAAAAACAAAGGCUUGUUUUGAGCUGAUUCAAACCCUAAGUUCAUCAUCAACACAGCCUGAAUGGGAGCUGUAUCCAUGAACAUUUAUCUCUGCAAACCAUCAUUUGUUGAACUGCAGUGUUGAAAAGUGCACAGAGUUGUUUCUAGCUGUAAAAGAAGCUUGGCUUGAAACAUGGAUGUCAAAGAGAAGAUUGCUCCUUUUACAGGAUUCGUCAAUGCACCAUCUGAUGACCAGCAUUUCUUGCUUAACUUCAUCAUGAGUACUUUCUUGGGUCCUGAUUUGUACUCUGAUAACCCAAGAUGCUCAGCAGCUCAUAGAUUAGCUAAAGGGUUACCACCAUACACUUCAAACAACCUUGGUGACUCGUUUCUCCGCAUUUCUCAAUUGGAGAACUUGUAUUACUAUGUCCUAAGAAAUGCUCAUCCUAGCCUGGUUUUGAAUCCAAUUACGCUGUGUUUGUAUCUUAAAGGCAAGUUGCAUUUGUCGGGCUCAGAGCCACUAGAGGAUUGUAGGCUAUUUACAAGUUUUUUCCCUUUAAGUAUUCAUGGCCAUAAAAAGGACUCGGCAAGCCAGGAAAUUGUGAAGGGGAUUGUACUUAUUGAGAAUCCAGAUACAUCUUACAUGAAAGAGGACCUAGAAAAGUUCAAAUGGUUAUCUGGCGUGGAUAGUUUGAAGAUUGAUACGAAGAAAUGCCUAAGUUAUGAGCAUGAAUCCCAGAAAGGUGGAGAAGAAACUGAACAAUUUCGCAUGCCAAAGAGUGACGAGAAAACUGCUGGCACUAUUUCAUCAAGAAAUGAGAAACCACCAGCUAUGUUUCAACAUAAAUACAAAAGGCGUCGCCGUUGCAGUCUUUCAGUGUCGGAAUUUCACUGUGGUGUUUCUCAUCCACAAGGGCAUAGUGAAGAAAGCAACACUUUUGGGAGGAGCUGCAAAUUGGAUGGGCCCACUACAAUGCCUCGUAUUGCUUUUCCUAAAUUCAAAGAUUAUUUCACUGAUAAGUCUGUCAUUUUGACUGGUACAGCAAGAAGGGAGUUAACUGGACCCCCAAUCGGAAUUGUUGACAUAGGCAUUAGCAAAGCUGCAUACUUUUUCCAAGUUGCUCUUCCUGGUGUGCGUAGCGAUUCUUGUGAAUUCAGUUGUGAGAUUGAAUCUGGUGGAAAGGUUCAUAUCCAAGGGUCAACAAGCGGUGGAAAGAUCAUAAAGAAACGAUCACGUGUUUUCCAUAUGAAAUCUCAGCAAAUGUGCCCACCUGGUCCAUUCACAGUUUCUUUUAAUCUUCCAGGACCUGUCGAUCCAAGGCUGGUUUCACCCAAGUUCAGAACUGAUGGCAUUUUUGAGGCAGUUGUCAUAAAGCAAAAGUAAAAUGGGGUGAUCUUCAUGCACUUGGACAGCCUUAGACUCCUAGCAUCUAGAAACAGUGGAACACCACUGCAAUUUUGCUCAACAUUGAUGGUAAUUCCUAUGCUAUGUACACUUUGAAGAACUUGAUAUUGUUCAAUGUAGGAACAAGGGAUGGUUGAAGAAAAUAAGGUUGUAGUUGUAGCUUGUUCAGCUAAUGUCUUCCUCUGUAAUAUAUAUAAAGAAAGUGGAGUGUGGAUCUAGCUUUAAGUGGGCCAGAUUUCAUUUUGUU